AUGGACGGCGAUAGAGCGGCACCACAUCCCCCUGCACGGCCCGCUGGGCAACACGUCCCGCAGUACGCGCCGCCAGUGGCGGGCGCGUCGGAGCCCGCUGUUGCGCUCGCCUUGAUGGCCCUCGUCGCCGUCAUCGCGGUGGUGCUGCCGGCGGCGGGCGCGCACGUGGGCGUGGUGCACCAGAUCCCCGAGGGCCACGUGGGCGUGUACUGGCGCGGGGGUGCGCUGCUCAAACACGUGACGGAGCCAGGCUACCAUCUUCUGCUACCGUUCAUAACCACCUACGAGCCCAUUCAAGUCACACUGCAGACAGACCAGGUCACCAACAUCCCGUGCGGCACCAAGGGGGGAGUCAUGAUUUACUUUGACAAGAUCGAGGUGGUGAACAGGCUUCGGCACGACUACGUGCACGAGACGAUAAAGCAGUACGGGGUGAACUACGACAAGACGUGGAUCUACGACAAGAUUCACCACGAGAUCAACCAGUUCUGCAGUGCGCACUCGCUGCAGCAGGUCUACAUCGACCUCUUCGACCAGAUAGAUGAGAAGGUGAAGGAGGCGAUCAUGCGGGACCUGGUGCAGUACGCACCGGGCAUCGAGAUCAUCGGCGUGCGCGUCACCAAGCCCAAGAUCCCGCCCGUCAUCGCACGCAACUACGAGCAGAUGGAGGAGGAGAGGACCAAGGUGCUGAUAGCCAUGGAGCGACAGAAGGUGGUGGAGAAGGAAGCAGAGACGGAGAAGAAGAGGGCAGUCAGCGAGGCUGAGAUGGCUGCACAGCCCCAUCCCCCUGGUAUUCUUUCCUCUCAUGACAUCACAUCGCGCACACCCCCUCUCCUGCUCCCUGUUUCCCACCCUCCCUUCCGCUCCGUUCACUUCACCCCUCUUGCUCCUCCAUUUCUCCUCCCACCAAGCCGAGUACUGAUGGAGCAGCGGGUGCGGGAGAAGGAGUCGCAGCAGCGGCAGCAGCAAAUAGACGACGAGGUGUUUGUGGCGCGCGAGAAAGCGCUCGCCGACGCUCACCACUACAGGUGCUGGCUGGUUUUCCGGGUGCUGUGCUUGCUGCCCUGCGCCCUGGGUGCCGUGUUUGUGGGCAUGCUCCUCCCCUGA